AUGGCAUCUCAGAUAUUGCCUUUAGAACUCAUUGAUAAGUGCAUUGGUAGCAGAAUAUGGGUAAUUAUGAAGAAUGAGCGUGAAUUCGUUGGUACUCUGCAGGGAUUUGAUGACUUCGUUAAUAUGGUCCUUGACGAUGUAACAGAAUAUGACAUAUCGCCUGAUGGUACACAAAAGAAAUCAAAACUUAGACAAACGCUACUCAACGGUAAUAAUGUCUGUAUGUUGCUUCCAGGUGGAGAGGGACCAGAAAGUGUACAAUAACUUAUUAAU